AUGCAGCCCUGGCUCCGGGCACAUGAGGGGGCGGGUUCUCCGAGCACUGCUUGGAGAGGUGAACCCACCGACGGGCUGCCAGCAGCCAUGAAGCUCAAUAGGUUUUUGGGGAAGAUGGUCAAUGAGACCGUAACCAUGGAGCUGAAGAACGGCACCCAAGUGCAGGGCACCAUCACGGCAGUGGACACUUCUAUGAACACACACCUCAAGCAGGUUAAAGUGACGGUUCGGCACAAGAAUCCGGUGAACAUGGCUUUCCUGUCAAUCCGCGGGGCCAACAUCCGGUACGUGAUCCUGCCAGAUCAUGCCGACUUGAACUUUCUGCUUAUUGAUGAUGCUCCGAAGCAGAACCCGCCCAAGUAUCCUGCAGGCACCAAGAAGAAAGGCGGUGGUGCUGGCAAGGCAGCGACUGAUCGAGAUCGUGGCGAGCGAGGGGACCGAGACCGUGAUCGUGACCGCGACCGCGACCGAGAUCGCGACCGCGACAGGCGAAGAUAG